UCUCUUCAUAUUUCCCCGUGCCGGGCCGGAUAUCAAAUACUUGUUGGGCUUUUUGCGAACUCAGCUGUCGACGUCCGUUACGGUUUUCCUCGUAUUCGGCCCUAAAGUAAUCAGAGUAUUGCGAGGCCAAGGGGAUCAGUGGGAUAGUCGGGCAAGAGCACGUGGUGUUACUGCAAGCUUUUCCUUGAACGGAAUUGGUUUAGUGCCAGAGGAAACGACGGAUUUAUAUCAAGAAAAUGAAGAGCUUAAGGAGGAAAUUCAAAAGUUGGCUGCGCGAAUUGAAUUUAUGAAGAUAGUGCACAUGGAGAUGCAUAAUCGACACAUCAAGCCAAAGAUGGGCGGUUAUUUCAGCACGCACGGUCAUAUUCAUGGGCAUCCGUCUGUCGGUCAGAGUCCCAUCGCUAAAAGCUCGACAGCCAGCUUUAUUCUCAAACAGACAGCCGUGGAGAGAGGUGCGACGGCAGCCGCGGCUGCGGCCGUCGAAGACUCGACCUUUCCGUCCGGAAGUCUACAUAGAGCGCGAAGAUCGGAAAUGUUAAGAGAGAGGAAAGCAGAGAGGGAGAAGGAGCGUGAAAAAGAGCGGAACAAGGACAAGGAACAGGAGAGAUCGCGAUCGAGUGGCGAGAAGGUUUGACUAGUGGUCAAUAGCGAGGAGCAGAUAUGGUUGUGACAAAGACAGUGUCCUGACGAAAGUAGGAAAACGCGAAGAAAUAGGAGAAAAAGAAGAAAAAAGAAAUUGGAAAUAUGCAGGUUGUAUUCUUUAAAAGAUAGGAGACUACCUGUAUUUGUAUGAAACGCUAUGUAAUUAAAACUCAUCGUGUUUACUGUCUUCGUGCCGUUGUGAUAGUGAUAUCUUUAUAUAUAAUUACUAGAUGUAUAAUAUAUCUCUUAAAAUAAAAACCUUUAAUGAGAUGCGCGAAAAGCGGAAAGUGACAGCGACGACGAAUAUUUCGUGUCUCUGUUUAUUUUUGUAAUAGCAGCUGUCAAGAGAAUACAAUUCUAUUAUAAAUCAAUAUUUUGUUCUUUUAAUAUGGAAAACGCUUGAAUACUGUUAACGCAACGGCAAACUGGAAAGAAAUUAUUUAAGGAAAUUAUUUAAAGGACAGAGACGUUUUGUAUUGAAAUCGAACAAAACGAUCGAGAUAAAAUCACGAUAUUAAGCUGUCACAAAAGCACAAAACCUGCGAGCGAGUUUGCGAGUUGUCGUCGUCGUCUUUAAUGAUAUAGUUCGCUUUCCGCAAGUGCCGCACUACUUCGUUGUGAGAGCAUCCGAUAAACCUGUAAGAAAUGCUUAACUGAGUUAUUCUUUUUGUUAAAAUCAUUUAUACACAUAACAGUGUAUAUAUAAAAUAAAAUGCAUGUGUCUUUAGAUUUAAUAAUUUUUUUAAAUUCAAAGAAAUUUAUGUUUUGGAAUAGUCAAACUAAAUAUUUAAACUAAAAAAUACAAUUGUGUUAUUUUUUAAAUAACUAAAUUCAAAUAAUUUCAAAUAAUAACAUAUAUGUACAUAUAUUUAUAGCUUAACCUUCCGUCUGUACAUUUAAUUUCACUAACGGUCUGACUUCUUUUUGUCUUGUCUCUUUUUUUUAAUGUUAAAUAUAUGCAAAAAA